CCUCCCCUGCAGUCUAGAUCUGUCUUCAUCCAAGCUGAAACUUUUUUUUCUGUGUCUGUUGUGUCCAAACAGCGGCGUUCUGUAUUGUCUUCACGCAAGAGAGUCCCCGGAGCGGUGUAAUGAAUGUGGAUCUAUCACGCUUGUUCCUUUGGAGAGCUCUGAACGGCGGGCAUAUACCAGCAGCGACGCGGUGACGGUCCCGCAGUGAGACCUGCGCGUGAACAAGCGUGAGAAGUGCAUCUGGUUUUCCGACAGUAUGCGGGUUUUGUUGACUGUCCUGUAUCCCGUGCUUUCACUUAUGAUCUUCGGAUUAUAUCCUUCAAUGACCAUCGGGCCUAAGGAGGGCUGGCAGGUGUACAGUUCAGCGCAGGAUGCAGAUGGUCGCUGUAUCUGCACCGUCGUGGCUCCAGAACAGAGCCUGUGCUCCAGGGACGCCAAGAGCAAACAGCUACGCCAGCUCCUGGAGAAGGUCCAGAACAUGUCCCAGUCCAUUGAGGUCCUGAACCUCCGCACCCAGAGGGACUUCCAGUACGUCAUGAAGAUGGAGAACCAGAUGAAGGGGCUGAGGACCAAGUUCAGGCAGGUCGAAGACAGCAGGAAAGCCGUCCUGGCCCGCAACUUCCAGGAGAUUAAGGAGAAGAUGGACGAGCUGGUGCCUCUGAUCCCCGUGCUGGAGCAGUACAAGACGGACGCGGCGCAGGUCUUCCAGUUCAAGGAGGAGAUCCGGAACCUGUCGGCCGUGCUGACGGGCAUCCAGGAGGAGGUGGGGGCGUACGACUACGACGAGCUCUUCCAGAGGGUUCUGCGGCUGGACAGCCGGCUCCGCAACUGCAUGGGGAAGCUGACGUGUGGGAAGCUAAUGAAAAUCACUGGACCUGUCACCAUAAAGACAUCUGGAACCCGCUACGGCGCAUGGAUGACUGAUCCACAGGCCUCUCCCAAAAACAACCGGGUGUGGUACAUGGACAGCUACACCAACAACAGGAUCGUGCGCGAGUACAAGACCAUGGAUGACUUUGUCUCCGGGGUCGUGUCGCGAACCUACAACCUGCCGUCCAAGUGGGACGGGACCAAUCACGUGGUGUACAACGGCUCGCUGUACUACAAUAAGUACCAGAGCAACAUCAUCGUCAGGUACAACUUUGAGACGGGCCAGGUGUCGGCGCAGCGGGCCUUGGACCACGCAGGCUUCCACAACUCGUAUCCGUACACGUGGGGCGGAUACUCCGACAUCGACGUCAUGGCCGACGAGCUGGGCUUGUGGGUGGUGUACGCGACCAAUCAGAACGCGGGGAAUAUCGUCGUCUCCCAGAUCGAUCCCGAAACCCUGGAGGUGCUGAAGACCUGGAACACGGAGUAUUCCAAACGGAACGCGGGGGAAUCUUUUAUGAUCUGCGGAACCCUCUACAUAACUAACUCUCACGUCACCGGAGCCAAGGUCUACUACUCAUACUCCACGAAGACCUCGAGUUAUGAGUACACUGAUAUCCCCUUCCACAACCAGUACUUUCACAUCUCCAUGCUGGACUACAACGCUCGAGAGAGGGCGCUCUACGCCUGGAACAACGGACAUCAGGUGCUUUUCAACGUCACCCUCUAUCACGUCGUCAAAACCGACGACGACUCUUAGGCACUGGGGGAUGGGGGACUUGACACGACAGCCAAGCACUGUCGUUGGAGAUGUAAAAAAAAAUAAAAAGGACCUCUCGUUCAUGUUUUGUUUCCUAUACGUCCUUGUGACAUCUUUCAGUGACCACGAAUUGAAAAUAAAUGGCCUUUUUUUCAUUUCAAAUGUACUCUGAGGAGGGGGGGGGGGGCAGGGGGGCGGGGUGCAGUGGAGUGAACUUAAGAAAGGGAGGUAGAGAAAGUAUAUAUAAAUUGGAUAGAAAACUUGUUAUCCAUUAAUAUAUAUGUAUACAUCUAUGUUACUUUUCCAUUGCUGCUAACAUGACAACGGAAUGCCUUAUUUACUAUGUUGUUGUUUUAAAAGCCAAAGGCACACAAAAGCCUUGGAGCAUGAAUGUCCUUCAUUUUUGUCUGUAAUUCAUCAUGAAACAGCUGUGCUUUGGUUGAGAACAUGUUUCCCUCAAGUGUUGUUAGUGACGUCUGUUUAAGAGUAUUUCAAUAUUCAGAGUGAUAACUUCUCUAUGUAUUUGCUGCCAUGUAUCGCUGGUUUAUUACUGACAAAUCCUUGUGGACAUUGUUUCAGAAAAUGUAAAAUAUCAGAAACAAAGCCAAACAUUGUAUGUCUCUAUGUGAGAAUUAAGUUCAUAUUUUUUAUAAAACAUGUGACCCUAUAAGGCUGCCUGUGGUUUUUCCCCCCCU